UCAGUCCCUGGGUGUAAGGUCCUCCACUCUUCAGAGCUGCACGCUCCCAUCCUGUCCCACAGGUAGAAACUAGGCUGGUAGUCCGCGGCCCAGCCAGCGCAGUGGGCGCCCACGCCGGAUGCGGGAUGGUGUCCUUGCUGUUGUGCGGCGUGUCCAUCGCGCUUCCACUUUUUAUCAGAGCAGAUGAAUGUCAGAACGUUAGUGUGCAAAACGAGGCUCCUUUAGUAAGCCAGCCUUUUGCUUUUAAUUGCACGUACCCUCCGCUAACAUCGGGGAAAGCUUAUGUAACGUGGUAUAAACAUCCGAGCAAAAUUCCAGUCUCCAAAUAUAUAUGGUCUCGAAUUCACCAGGACCAAAACUGGAUUUUGUUUCUCCCCCUGACAUGGGAGGACUCCGGAAUCUAUCAAUGUGUUAUAAAUAACACAAACACGUGUCACCAAAUACAAGUAAACCUAACUGUGUUUGAAAAACACAGUUGUGAUACUUCCAGAAACAGUCAAAUGAAUUUAUCAGAUGAGUACAGACAAAUAUUACACAUUGGAAAAGAUGACAGUCUUAUGUGUCAUCUGAACUUCCCCAAGAGCUGUGAUUUGGAUUCCGUAAAGUGGUAUAAGGACUGUAAAGAGAUUAAAGGAGAGCGGUUUUACUAACUGGGAAUAAAGCUUUCAGUGAACAAUGUCUCAGCAGAAGACAGAGGGAACUAUACGUGUCAAGCCAGACUGAUACAUGCAGGGAGAGAAUUCACGGUUUUAAACAAAAUUACUGUGGAUACCAGAGAAAAUGUUGGACACAGAGGAAGAAUCCCUAAAAUAAUUUACCCAAUAAACAAUACAAUUGAAGUACAACUUGGCUCCAGGCUUGUUGUAAACUGCAACAUAACAGACACGACAGAUAAUACGAACCUACGAUGUUGGAGAGUCAAUGGCACUUUGGUGGAUACUUACUAUGAAGAAUCCAAACGAAUUCAAGAAGGAAUCGAGUAGAAUUCCCACUUCUUUCCGGAAUAUAAGUUUUAACACUGUGGAACUAACCUUCUAGAAGUGAAAAUGGAAGAUUAUGGCCAUCCUUUCAUGUGUCAUGCUGGCGUGUCCGCAGCAUACUUUAUGGCUACAACCCCCAGGUAAUGUCCCAUGGUGCCAGACUUUCGAGCUUACUUGAUAGGAGGGCUUGUCGCCUUCACAAGUGUGGCAGUGUUUAUCACAUGCAUCUACAACAUUUUUAAGAUUGACACCCUUUGGUAUCGAAGUGCCUUCCAUUCUACUGGGACCAUGGACGAUGGGAAGCUGUAUGAUGCAUACGUCUUAUACCCCAAGCCACAGAGAAAAAGCCAGAGCCAUAAUGUGGACACACUAGUGUUGAAGAUUCUGCCCAAAGUGCUGGAGAUGCAGUGUGGUUAUAAAUUAUUUAUAUUUGGUAGGGAUGAAUUUCCUGGACAAGCUGUGGCCAAUGUCAUCGAUGAAAACAUUAAGCUGUGCAGGAGAUUGAUCAUCAUCAUAGUUCCCGAAUCGCUGGGCUUUGACCUAUUAAAGAACAUGUCAGAAGAACAAAUUGCAGUCUACAAUGCUCUCAUCCAGGAUGGGAUGAAGGUCAUUCUGAUUGAGCUGGAGAAAGUCAAGGACUACACAGCCAUGCCAGAAUCAAUUCAGUACAUCAAACAGAAGCAUGGGUCCAUCCACUGGAGCGGGGACUUCACAGAGCAGUCACUGUGUGCAAAGACCAAGUUCUGGAAAAAAGUGAGAUAUCGCAUGCCACCCAAAUUUCCACCAUCGUCUCCUGCCUAGCUGCUGAAGCACACACCCUGCGAUCUCACGGCGGGCGAGUGCGAGGCCAAUGUGGUCUUCAUCACCCCGUGA